CUCUGUACUUCAAUGGCGGAAUUAAGCCCAAUCUCAGUCUCGAACCUCAGUAAUCGUAUCCAUUUCUCUUCUUCUUCUCCUCCUAUAAACUCCUCCCAAUUGUUCAGCAUCACAGCCAAGCGUUGUAGCAAUUGCAGAAGCAUAAGCAGAAGAUUAGGGCUGGGAUUGAUAGCUUUAAUGGCGUCGUCGUCUGUAGCCUCGACGCCUGUGAGAAUAGCGAAUGCUUUGGAUCUGAAAUUGAUAGCGCCGGAGCAGAGCUUCGAGGAGGCGGAGAGCGGAAUCAGAGGCCAUGCGGAAGCGGUUUUGCAGGUGAGAGGUUUAAUUGAAUCGGAGUCUUGGAAGGAAGCGCAGAAGCAGUUGAGAACCAGUUCGCCGCUGCUGAAACAGGAUCUGUACACUAUAAUUGAAUAUAAACCGCCUGCCGAGCGACCUCCUCUCAGGAAACUCUAUUCUCUUCUCUUCAACAAUGUUACUCGAAUGGAUUAUGCAGCGAGAGAUAAAGAUGCGGAACGAGUUCGGCAGUGCUACGAUAACAUUGUGAUGGCCAUUUCUGACAUUUUAUCCAGAAUUUAGAAAGAUAAACGAAGGUUCUCGAUUCUCCAGCCAAUGAUCGUAAUACUCUUUCCAAUCUUUUGUUUUUCGAUCUUAUAACUUGACAUAUAAACACAAAGUAUUGGAAAUAACAUGUAGAAUACAAUGAUGAACGUGCAUUGCAUACAAUUUAGUGCCGAAGUUUGGAUCUCAA